AUGAGUGUACCGCGCAACCCCAAGGACUCGAUGAAGUCCACCUGGCGAAAGACGGACCGUAGCCAGUGGAACAUCCAUCACUGGCUCCUCGAGAUCCUCAACAUCCACUCUGUCUCCCUCGACAAGGACAUCCCAGUCCAUCCCAAAACCGAUAGGGUGCCCUACCUUCCAGAAUCGCAGCAGCACCGCUGGGUAAUCACGCACUCCCUGCUGCCGCUUCUGAUCCAUCAUGUCUAUACCUCCUACACCGGCCAGAAUUUCACGCCGCUGGGCGCAGUCCUGUUCUACAGUGUGGCCUUCAAGCUGAUCGCCAUCCACGAGCUCCAUGUGCUGCGUCGCGUCGGCCAUUACACCGGCUUCCUAGACGGCGACUCCCAUGAGCGAGACGGAGUGCCAGACGUGAGCGUCGCCAAGGUCGUGCGCUCUCUGCUGUCGACAUCCACUUUCCGCCCCAUCUUCACCGUCUUCCUGGCAUACCGGACCAGCCAGCCCCCGUCGUCGAUCAACUGGUACUGGCUACCGGUAGAGGCUGGACUGUACGGCAUCAUCCUCGACUUCUGGUUCUACUGGUACCACCGCCUGAUGCACGAAGUUGGCGCGCUCUGGAAAUACCACCGAACGCACCACCUCACCAAACACCCCAACCCACUCCUGACUCUCUACGCGGACCUCGAGCAGGAAAUCUUCGACAUCGCCGGCAUCCCACUGAUGACAUACUUUACGAUGAAGUUCAUGGGCAUGCCCAUGGGCUUCUACGAGUGGUGGAUUUGCCACAUGUAUGUUGUGUGGGCAGAGCUCGCCGGCCACAGCGGAAUCCGCGCUGUGGCCAUUCCUCCAAACACGCUCAGCUGGGCACUGCGUCUGCUGAAUGCUGAACUAAUCAUCGAGGAUCAUGACCUGCACCACCGGUACGGAUGGAAGACGAGUGGGAACUACGGGAAGCAGACGCGGCUGUGGGAUCGAUUGUUUGGGACGUGUCGGGACCGCAUUGAGUGCCAGGAGGUGAACAUCGACUAUGAGAAUACCUUGUCGCUGCCUUGGUUCUAG